UCUUACACAUUAAAUUUAAAUCCCCACGUCUAUCUCCCAUGGCCUUACCAGCAAGCGACACCGACGAGCCUCUUUCCCCGACAGGGAGGCUCUUUCUCCGUCAGGAAUUGAAGCAAGAAAUCUACUGCGCCGUCGGCUUCAAGAACCCUAUCAAUGUUGAGGCCGUGAAGGCCGCGAUUCAAGCAUCAGUUCUCCUUAAACACCCCAGAUUCUGCAGCCUCAUGGUCCAUGAUCGCCAUGGCGUCGAGCAUUGGCACAAAACCUCCGUCAACCUCGACCGCCACCUCAUCGUCAUCGACUCUUUGGUAUCUUCAUCAGCCGCCGAUGAUGAAUCUGCCGUCAACGAGUACCUCGCAGACUUGUCGAUAGGGGCGGGGCUAAGUGCCGAUAAGCCGCUGUGGGAGAUCCACUUCCUAAUGGCUCACAGAUGCAUAAUCUUCCAAGUCCAUCACGCUCUCACAGACGGGACUUCAUUCAUGUCGUUAUUGUUGUCCGUUUUCCGGAAGGCCAGCGACCUGAAUGCCCCUCCAACGAUAGCGCCGUUGAGGAAGAAGAGGAGUAUGGCGGCAACAACGAUAUGGGAAGGGAUUGUGCGGAAGGUUGUUGUUUUGUGGUAUGGUUUGAUGUUAGGGAUGAGGGUGUUGUGGGUUAGUGAUCGUAAGACGGCGAUAUCGGGCGGCGAUGGGGUUGAGCUCUGGCCGAGGAAGAUCGCCACUGCUAGGUUUUGUUUAGAGGACAUGAGGAUCGUCAAGAGAGCUGUUGGUGAUGCGACUAUCAAUGAUGUUUUUUCCGGGGUGAUAUCAUCCGGGCUAUCAAGAUAUCUGGAUCACCGAACACCAAAAGCUUUGCAAGAGGGACACCAAAUUACGGGGGUAGCCAUGGUAAAUUUAAGAAAACAACCAGGACUGCAGGAACCAUCCGACUUGACGAGAAGCAAAUCACUAUUGAAUUGGGGCAACAAAUUUGGCACUAUUCUCUUGCCCAUUCAGUAUAAAAGAUGUGGUCCUAAUCCUCUAGAACACGUCAGGAGAGUUAAGGUGACCCUUGAACGCAAGAAAAAAUGUAUGGAGGCUAAUUUCGCAUACAAAGCCAGGAACAAUAUAAUGACUUAUUUGGGAGCAAAGGUUGCUGGUCUCGUUACUUACAGGGUUCUUUCCAACACUAGUCUUACCAUCUCCAAUAUGGUUGGCCCACAAGAACACGUUGCAAUUGGAGACAACCCUGUGACUUACAUCAGAGUAAAUAUAUCAAGUUUGCCUCAUGCAUUGAUAGUCCACAUGUUGAGCUAUGCUGAAAGGGCAGACAUGCAAAUCUUGGUGGCCAAAGAUAUAAUUCCGGACCCUGAAUUUCUUGCUCAGUGCUUUGAAGAUGCCUUGGUUGAAAUGAAAGAAGCAGCCUUAGCCACCAUUGUUGAAUCCAGUUAGGACUUUUUGCUUUUUCAAGAAAAAAGAACCAAAUAGUUUGAUCACAUUCACAUCAAAAUGAAACAAUUGGAUUUGCUCUUCCACAUUGCUAGCAAAAGUAACAUAUCA